GAAAGGAUCGGCACGAAUAGCGGUUUUCUCAUUCUGUGGCAAAACAAACCGGUCCGGGUAGGUACCUUUUACCGCCGAAACCGGAUCUAUUUCAAGGGAAGCCAACUCAACCGGAUCCCUCUCUAUGCCCUAACCGGUCGGUCCGGUCACAUUUCCACGGUUCUCUUCUCUUCUCACUCUUGGAGUCGGUUCAUUCUCUCUUCCUAUUCCCCUCUUCUCCUCCAAUAAUAAAAAAAAAAGCGAUUCAUCAAACCGGGGAAAAAAUGGGUUCGAAUCUGGAACCGGUGCCAAUUACAUCCCAGAAACAUGACCCGGCAUGGAAACAUGUUCAGAUGUUUAAGAAUGGGGACAAGGUGCAGCUGAAGUGCAUAUAUUGUCUGAAGAUGUUCAAGGGUGGUGGGAUUCAUAGGAUUAAGGAGCACCUUGCUUGCCAGAAAGGGAAUGCAUCUACUUGCAGCCGUGUUCCCCAUGAUGUCAGGAUUCACAUGCAGCAGAGUUUGGAUGGGGUUGUGGUGAAGAAGAGGAGGAAGCAGAAGAUCGAGGAGGAGAUUAUGAAUGUUAAUCCUUUGACCACUGUUGUGAACUCGCUUCCUAAUAAUAACCAGGUUGAUGUCAGUCAGGGGGUGCAUGCCAUUGGAGUGGACCACAAUUCAAGUUUCGUAGUGAAUCCUGGAGAAGGAAUGAGUAAGAAUAUGGAAAGGAGGAAGAAGAUGAGAGCUAGUAAGAAUCCUGCAGCUAUUUAUGCAAACUCGGAGGGUGUUGUUGCUGUGGAGAAGAAUGGACUGUUUCCCAAAAGGGGGGACAAUCACAUUCAUAUGGCGAUUGGUAGGUUUUUGUAUGACAUUGGUGCACCUUUUGAUGCUGUGAACUCGGUCUAUUUUCAAGAAAUGGUUGAGGCAAUUGCUUCAAGGGGAGUGGGUUUCCAACGGCCCUCGCAUCAUGAACUUCGGGGUUGGAUCCUGAAGAACUCUGUGGAGGAAGUGAAGAAUGAUAUAGAUAGAUGCAAGAUGACUUGGGGGAGGACUGGCUGUUCCAUUUUGGUUGAUCAAUGGACAACAGAAUCUGGGAGAGUACUGAUAAGCUUUUUGGCUUAUUGUCCUGAAGGCAUUGUCUUUUUGAAAUCUUUGGAUGCAACUGAGAUUUCAACUUCUGCAGAUUUUCUGUAUGACAUGAUAAAACAAGUGGUAGAUGAAGUUGGAGUCGGGCAAGUGCUGCAAGUGAUUACGUCUGGUGAAGAACAAUAUGCUAUUGCUGGUAGACGGCUGACAGACACUUUUCCCACCCUUUAUUGGAGCCCUUCUGCUGUUCAUUGCAUCGAUUUCAUUCUUGAAGAUUUUGGAAAUCUUGAGUGGAUUAGUGCAGUGAUUGAACAAGCUAAAUCUGUGACAAGAUUUGUGUACAAUUACAGUGCAAUUUUAAUUAUGGUUAAAAGGUAUACCUUAGGGAAUGAUAUUGUGGAUCCAUCUUUUUCACAAUUUGCUACAAACUUUACCACAUUGAAACGGAUGGUUGAUCUUAAACACAAUUUACAGGCCUUGGUGACUUCUCAGGAGUGGGCAGACUGCCCAUAUUCGAAGAAAUCAGCAGGGCUUGAAAUGUUAGAUUGCCUAAGCAGUCAAACAUUUUGGUCCUCGUGUGACAUGAUUGUUCGUCUAACAACCCCUCUCUUAAAAGUUCUGAGAAUAGCUAGUAGUGAGAUGAGACCAGCAAUGGGAUACAUUUAUGCUGGAAUGUACCGGGCAAAAGAAGCUAUUAAAAAAGCACUUGGUAAGAGGGAGGAAUAUAUGGUGUACUGGAAUAUUAUACAUCAUAGAUGGGAAAGGCUGUGGCAUCAUCCUCUUCAUGCUGCUGGAUUCUACCUUAAUCCAAAGUUCUUUUAUAGUAUUCAAGGAGAUAUACACAGUCAGAUUGUCUCAGGAAUGUUUGACUGCAUAGAGAGAUUGGUACCCGAUACAAGAAUCCAAGAUAAAAUUAUCAAAGAGAUAAACUUGUACAAGUCUGCUGCGGGCGACUUUGGGAGAAAGAUGGCAGUUAGAGCAAGAGAUAAUCUGCUUCCUUCUGAAUGGUGGUCAACAUAUGGAGGAUGAUGCCCAAACUUAUCACGGUUAGCAAUUCGUAUUCUCAGCCAAACAUCCAGUGUGAUGUCCUGCAAGAGAAACCAGAUUCCUUUUGAACAAAUAGUCAACACAAGGAAUUACAUAGAGCGCCAACACCUCACCGAUCUUGUCUUUGUUCACUGCAAUUUACGAUUAAGACAAAUGUUUAUGAGCAAAGAGCAAGAAUUUAGUGACCCCCUAUCGUUUGACAGCAUUAGUUAUGUUGAUGAGUGGAUUAGGCCAAGGGAUUUAUACACAGACGAGUAUGGGAACUCGGAUUGGAUGGCACUGGAUCCAUCUUCAGUUAACACAAUGCUUUUAAGGCCUUUAAAUGAUGAAGCUGAAGAAUUGGGUGAAG